CACACUAGAAAACCCGAGUCGAUCAUUUCGAUUCCGAGGUUCCCAAAUUCAUUGGACUCUCUCUGCGCGCAGAUUUUUAGGUGAAUCAAUCAGAGGAGAGGAAGGAGAAAUUACGAGUCCGUAUAAAUGGAUGCAUCACAAGCUUCGUCGUUAGGGACUACGGGUGGGAGCGGUGGAAACGGCUUAGUAAACAAUCAAACCAAUGACGCGGUAAACGCAACGCCGAAUGAUGAUCCAAAGCAGAAUCUGAAUCAAGUAAUAAACUCCAUCCAGAAAACCUUAGGUCUUCUCCAUCAACUAUACCUCACCGUCUCUUCUUUCAAUGCCGCUUCACAGCUCCCCCUCCUUCAACGCCUUAAUUCAUUAGUUACGGAGCUCGAUAACAUGGCUAAAUUAUCUGAGAAGUGUAAUAUUCAAGUGCCAAUGGAAGUUCUUAAUUUGAUUGAUGAUGGGAAGAACCCUGAUGAAUUUACGAGGGAUGUUUUAAACGACUGUAUUGCAAAAAAUCAGGUUACUAAAGGCAAAACCGAUGCCUUCAAGAGUUUACGGAAGCAUCUUCUUGAAGAGCUCGAACAGACAUUUCCUGAUGAAGUUGAAUCCUACAGAGAGAUUCGUGCAAGUGCUGCUGCUGAAUCUAAACGGCUUGCUCAAUCACAAAGUAUUUUACAGAAUGGGGAUGUAAAAGUCAAAACUGAGCUUUAGAUGCUUGUAGUUGGAGUUCUUCCCUCCCCCACCCCACCUCUUUUUUUUAUCUAUAUAGGUUUCUGUAUGUACUAGAUUUGCUCAAUACAUUCUGAUGUAACAACAUUUCUGGCUUGUAUUAAGAAUUCGACAAUUUGCAGUGCUC